AAUUCUCUCUCUAUCUUGGUGUGAUCUCUUGAUCCGAAUUCUUCAAUCUCCGAUUUCGUGAUUCAAGGCGGGCAUCUUCGGAGCCCAUCAUGUGGAAGCUGAAGAUCGCCGAAGGAGGUAGUCCAUGGCUGAGAACCACCAAUAAUCACGUCGGACGGCAGUUUUGGGAGUUCGAUCCGAGUCUCGGUACGCCUGAAGAGCUCGCUGCCGUCGAGGAAGCUAGGAAGUCUUUUACGGAGAACCGAUUCUUGAAGAAACAUAGCUCCGAUCUGCUUAUGCGUCUUCAGUUUUCAAGAGAAAAUUUGAUUAGCCCAGUUUUACCUCAAGUCAAAAUCGAAGAUACUGAUGAUGUUACUGAGAAGAUUGUGGAAAACACGUUGAAGAGGGGUCUAGAUUUCUAUUCAACAAUACAGGCGCACGACGGGCACUGGCCAGGCGAUUAUGGUGGUCCUAUGUUUCUUCUCCCAGGACUGAUAAUUACACUCUCCAUAACUGGUGCACUGAAUACAGUAUUGUCGGAACAACAUAAACAAGAAAUGCACCGUUAUCUCUAUAAUCAUCAGAAUGAGGACGGAGGUUGGGGUUUACAUAUUGAGGGCCCUAGCACCAUGUUUGGGUCUGUCUUGAACUAUGUUACUCUAAGGUUGCUUGGAGAAGGACCUAACGAUGGAGAUGGAGCUAUGGAGAAAGGGAGAGAUUGGAUUCUAAAUCAUGGUGGUGCUACCAAUAUCACAUCUUGGGGGAAAAUGUGGCUCUCGGUACUUGGAGCUUUUGAAUGGUCUGGAAAUAACCCACUGCCUCCUGAGAUAUGGCUUCUUCCGUAUUUCCUACCAAUCCAUCCAGGAAGGAUGUGGUGCCAUUGUCGGAUGGUGUACUUGCCGAUGUCGUAUUUGUAUGGAAAGAGGUUUGUGGGUCCCAUAACUUCCACUGUUUUAUCACUGAGAAAGGAGCUGUUCACUGUGCCAUAUCAUGAAGUCAACUGGAAUGAAGCACGCAACCUUUGCGCAAAGGAGGAUUUAUACUACCCACACCCACUUGUCCAAGAUAUUCUGUGGGCAUCACUUCAUAAGAUUGUUGAGCCUGUUCUAAUGCGAUGGCCUGGUGCAAAUUUGAGAGAAAAGGCUAUUAGAACCGCAAUAGAACAUAUUCAUUAUGAAGAUGAGAGUACUAGGUACAUCUGCAUAGGUCCCGUGAACAAGGUAUUGAAUAUGCUUUGCUGUUGGGUAGAGGACCCAAACUCCGAGGCUUUCAAGUUGCACCUACCAAGAAUCCAUGACUUUCUCUGGUUAGCUGAAGAUGGAAUGAAGAUGCAGGGUUAUAACGGAAGCCAGCUAUGGGAUACGGGUUUUGCUAUUCAAGCGAUUUUGGCAACUAACCUUGUCGAGGAAUAUGGACCCGUUUUGAGAAAAGCACAUUCAUUUGUAAAGAAUUCCCAGGUGUUAGAAGACUGCCCUGGAGAUCUGAAUUACUGGUACCGCCACAUUUCUAAAGGGGCAUGGCCUUUCUCAACUGCAGAUCACGGUUGGCCCAUCUCCGACUGCACCGCAGAAGGACUGAAAGCUUCUCUUUUGCUAUCCAAAGUUCCCAAGGAGAUUGUUGGUGAACCAGUAGAUGCAAAACGGUUAUUUGAUGCUGUUAAUGUUAUCAUUUCGUUACAGAAUCCAGAUGGAGGCCUCGCAACAUAUGAGCUCACCAGAUCAUACCCUUGGUUGGAGCUAAUCAACCCAGCAGAAACCUUUGGCGAUAUUGUUAUUGAUUAUCCUUACGUGGAAUGUACAUCAGCUGCCAUCCAAGCUUUGAUAUCAUUCCGAAAGCUGUAUCCUGGUCAUCGGAAGAAGGAAGUAGAUGAGUGCAUUGAGAAGGCAGUUAAGUUCAUUGAAUCUAUUCAAGCAGCAGAUGGCUCAUGGUAUGGAUCGUGGGCUGUUUGCUUCACGUAUGGUACGUGGUUUGGAGUGAAAGGGCUGGUAGCUGUUGGAAAAACAUUGAAAAACUCUCCACAUGUUGCUAAAGCUUGUGAAUUUCUGUUGUCGAAACAACAACCUUCGGGCGGAUGGGGAGAAAGCUAUCUUUCAUGUCAAGACAAGGUCUAUACAAACCUUGAAGGCAACAGGUCUCAUGUCGUGAACACAGCAUGGGCUUUGCUCGCACUCAUUGGUGCUGGGCAAGCUGAGGUAGAUCAAAAACCACUGCACCGGGCUGCAAGAUACUUGAUUAAUGCACAGAUGGAGGAUGGUGAUUUUCCACAACAGGAAAUAAUGGGAGUCUUCAACAGAAACUGCAUGAUAACAUACGCUGCGUAUCGAAACAUUUUCCCGAUAUGGGCAUUGGGGGAGUACCGUUGUCAGGUAUUAUUGCCACAAGGAGAAUGACUUAAGUCUUCAAGGUAAUUAUUUCUCUAGGGAAGGAACUGCGUAGCUCCAAUGCAUACUUUUUCGAAAGUUGUGUCAUCCGUAAUGGAUGUGCUCUGAUGCUUUCGUGAGCCAAUCUUUGUGUAAUUGACUUGAACUCAAUUCUUGGUUGCAGAUUUUGUUGGGUUCUCUUGAGUACCGAUUUUAGCAAAGUGUCAUUUUUAUUUUAUUUUUUAUUUUAUUUUGUGAAAACAGACAUUUUCUUGUAUUUGGUUUCUCAAUUCAUGUUUCCGCUUAGGUCAUGUCUCCGGUGGUUUCCCACUUUGCUCAUUAUAAAUUGGCUUUGACUGGUUA